UGUUUGAGGCCAUAGAGAGGGAUGGGACAGUGACUGUGAUGUGGGGAAUUUUUUUCCUAGAGUUGGUUGUCAAGAAUCCAGACCUUACCUGUGAUUCACUGUGUGACUUUGUGCAGGUCAUGCAGCCACUCUUGAUCUUAGUUUUCACAUCCAGGAAAUGGGUUUAGUGCACCGUGCCCUGAGUACCUUGAGUGCAUGAUUGUGGGGCCAGCCUUGUGGAUGCAGCAUUGAGGCCUGGGCAGCUGAGGAGAAAGCUUCAGUGGGCAGGAGAAGGAGGCAUGGAUCAGGAGUUAUGUAGAUGGGGCUUCUCCUGUGGUAUGUGGGGCAUGACAGUUCUCAGGUGUGAGGUAUUCAGUCUGGGGAGAAGACACCAGAGUGGGAGCCUCAGUAGGUGGCGGUGAGUCUGAGGCAGCUGAGGCUGUGGACAGGAGGAGUGUAGAUAUCCACGCCUGCCCCUCCAUGAUAGCAGGAGCAGGGCUGGCAAAGGAUGAAAGGGAAGUUGUGGGUGUGAUGCAGACAAGAGCCUAUCAGAGACUGUGGGGUCUGGCUUUGUCCUGUGUGUUGGCAGGAUAACUGGUACUAGUGACAACUAAGAAAACCAGAAGAGUGCAAGCAAUAGAUAAAUGCCAAUAUUUGUACUGGGCAUGUGGGAACGCGACACUUUUAACAACGAUCUUUAUUUUCUUUUAGUAAUGGCUUCUUACUUAAGCAACAGAUAGUUGAAGUUCACAGAAAAUCAAAAAGGAAGGUUAUCUCACUAAAUGAUGUAAAGAAGAUGUCUUGCCCACCCUGGCUAUAAUAGUGUGGUGCUGUAGUGUAAUAGUUCUGUGCUGGACCACAGGUUGAUAUUAGUGACCAAGGCUGCCUGGGCUGAGCUGUUAACCAGGGGAAACUAGGAAAGGGAUUAUAAUGGGGGUAGGGGUAAGGAGUGUGCGAUCACCAAACUAGCAUGACCACAGAAAUGGGGCGCCUUGCCUACAGUACAGGUACAUCAUAAAGUGGAGUUGUUUAUAUAUUUUUCUGCAAUAGUUUAUUGAGGUCCUAUUGUAGGUUCUGGGGAUGAUAUGAAACAUCUGAAUGGCUUAUUCUAUCCAUGUGAACUGGCAUCCAGAACUAACUUGGUAGCCCCACCCUUGGGGUGGGGAAGAGCUCAAGAACUCGUAGGAGUGAAGCCUUUCCCGCUCGCUUGCUGCUCCUCCUAAAUGUUUCCUCUGUAGCUGCAUAGGCUGGCAGGCAGCCUGAGAUGGAUCCCUCCUCAGAAGACCCCCACCUCUGCUGGGCCGCCCGGCUCCUGGGACUCACCAGCCUCCUCCUCAGCAUCUGCAGCACAGUGGUCCAGAGUUCUGGAAAAUAUAAUUCUGAAGUUCAGAAUUCUGGAUUUGUUCCCAUGCAGGGGAUUCAAGGACAUUCUGUGUUGUUUCAUAUAGUCAAGAAGCAAGAAGCUGACCCAGAGGAGGUCUCAUGGGGCUUUGGCCCUGAGUCAAACUACAGAGUCCUGCUGCGAGUCCGCCAUGGGACAGACACCCCAACCUGGGUCAGCCUCCAGGACAAGUACCAGCACAGGGUCCAUGUGCCCAAUGUGACAUCCCUGAGGAUUGAGAACCUGACCCCAGAGGACAGUGGGCAGUACCGGGCUCGAGUCAGCUUCACUGGAGGAAGAGAACUUACUCAGGUUUUCCACCUCACUGUCUAUGAGCCCAUGCUUCUUCCUGAGAUCCUGGUCAAGUCAUUAUCCAUCACACCAGACUGGUGCAAUGUCACCCUGGAGUGCAGGGACCCAGGGAACAGAGAGGACCUGGAGGUGACCUGGGAGAGCGAGGGUCUUCCCAGGGAGCUGGAGUGGAGUGGGACACCAGGACCAGCCCCCAGCUCCUGGAGCCUGCAUGUGAACUUGUUCCUGAGCCAGCCCAAUGCCAGCCUCACCUGUGUGGUCAACAACCAUGUGGACAAGAAAAUUGUCACUGUAGACUUUGGGAAAGUCUGUUUCCCUGGUGAGUGCAAUCUGCCAGAGGAGAGGGACACUCGUGGAGCUCAGGUUCACAAGAACAGACCAUUGCUGGUCUCCUGGAAGGCAUCCUAUGGGCCGUGGUGGUUGUGCUAUUUUUCCUGGGAACUGGACUGUACUUUUGGAAGACAUAUAAGAAGGAAAGGAACACAGAGAAUGGAAGAGGAGCAGCAUUGCAGGAGGACCACAGGAACCAAGGUGAUGGCGACUGGGCAGAGCAGAGCCAGGAAGAGUUUCAAGAAGGCAUGUACCAGAGUAUCAGUGCACAACGUCUGGAACAAGAGUUGCCUCUCCACACUGUCUAUUCUGCAAUCCGGAACACAGGCGAGGGUAUGAAGAUAAUAUAAUUGGAGGAAACAAAGGAAUCUUGGGACACCUCUACUCUGAUGCUGACAUCCUUCAGAUACCUGCUUCAAUUCUGGUUCAGCUCUGCUUGCUCUUGGUCUUUUACUUUGACCUUUGUGAUCUCAGCUCAACAAGAGAUGGACCUGGAAUUUCAGAGCUAAUAAUGGACCAAGUUUUAUCUUGGGCACUCUACAAAUAUUAUUUAUUCUAGUUCUCACAAGGAACCUCUUUAGGAUAGGUAUCAUGUUCUGUAUUUUAUAGAACAGUAAAUAUUAUUCCCAAGCUGUUGGUGGCAGACAAAAACCUUAAAUUCAAUACUGAGUGAAUCCAGAUUUCACAUAUUACCCUUUCUCUACAUGGGCACUGAAUCCUGAAAAUUUGGAUGGGAAUAUGCUUCAUUUAUUCCUCUCCCAAAGACCUAGCCUCUGAUGCUGGUGCUGCAAUAUGGACUGAGUUCAUUGUUGAAUCAUCUGGUGGCUAAAGAGGUAUUUCCCCUUAAGUGGACAAUGGGGACUUGGUAUGUGGGAGAUGUGGGAAGAGGGAUCUUGACCUCAGUUUAGAGGAAACAUUCUGAGAGGAAUGCUUCUCACUCUUGGGUCUUGUAAGAGUCCUUCCUCUCCUUACAAGGUGUGUUGUGGAUUUCAGCAGCACAGUCACUCCACUUACAUUGUUAUUCAAAAGUUCACUCAAUAGGUUUUACAUAAGUUUUUCGUUUAAACAUUCAGUGAUUCUGUGAGGCAGAAAUUUCCACUGCACAGGUGGAAAACUAAAACUUACAGAUGUUAAACACCACAUUUAAGCUUCUCAAGUAAAGUGAUAUGCCUGAUUUGGGUUUACAGAGGAUCACAGUUUCACUAAUUUUGACUCUCUUUUCCUCCAUUAUUCCAGAUACCCAACCAAUCAUUAUCUUCCAUUGAGUUAUCCUUCAAAAUGGUUUUUGUAGUCCACCCUCCUCUCAUUCUUUUAUUCUUAUUUUCUACCUAUAGAAAUAUUCUACCUGCAGUUUCACCAUUUUCACAUUUCCACCAGCAAUAUAGGAGGAUUCCUGCACAUAACUCUUAUAAUUUUUUGAUUAUAACCUUCCUAGUAUGUGUCUGAUGUAAUAUCGCAUUGUCAUUUUGAAUUGCAUUUCUCUAAUAAUUAAUGAAAUUAGAAGACGAUUGCUUCUUGGCAGGAAAACUAUGAAAACAUAGACAGUGUGUUAAAAAGCAAAGAUGUCAUGAUGGUGACACAGGUCCAUAUAAUCAAGGCUAUGGUAUUUCAAGUAGUCAUGUACAGUUGUGAGAGCUGGGCAAUAGAGAAGGCUGAGUGCCAAAGAAAUGAUGCUUUUACACUGUGGUGGUGUAGAAGGCUCUUGAGAAUCCCUUGGAAAGCAAGGAGAGCAAACAAGUCAAUCUUAAUGGAAACCUGGGAUACUCAUUGGAAUGCUUGAUGCUGAAACUGAAGCUCCAAUAGUUUGGCUACCUGAUGUGAACAUCUGACUCAUUGGAAAAGAUCCUGGUGCUGGGAAAGAUUGAAGGCAGAAGGAGAAGAGGGCAACAGAGGAUGAGAUGGUUGGAUGGCAUCACUGCUUCAGUGGACAUGAACUUGGGCAAAUCUGGGAGAUGGUGAGGGACAAGGAACCCUGGUGUGCUGCAGUCCAUGGGGCUGCAAAGAGUUAGACACAUCUUGAUGACUGAACAAAAACAAUGAUGAUGAAUAAGGUUGAAUAUUUUUUCAUGUGUAUUAACUAUUUGUAUACCUUAUUUGAAUUAAUCUGUCUCUCCCUCUAAGUCUCUCUCAUCAUGCUUUGUUUCCACCAUACCAAUAGAACUGCUUUUGUUCAAGUCACUAGGAAACUUCAUGUCAUUAAAUCUAAUAGAUGGUCUGUUCCAUCUCCCUUGAAUCUCAUCAACAAUGGCACUGUCCUUGCUUGAAUCCCUGCAUCACUUUGUAUUCAACAAUCACAAUUCUUUCUCUCACACUCAGUGGUAGCUUCCUUGUUGCUUUGGCUAGUUUCUUUCUUAUCUCUUCAAUCUCGCAAUUCUGGAAUAUCCUAGGGAUCAGACACAGACCAUCCACAUCACCUUUCUUCACUAUCUACAUUCAUUACUUUCUGGUGUUAUGGCCAUGCACUAAUCCCCAAACCUGUGUCUAUGUAAACUUACGAGGCAAAAAUGUCUUACAGAUGUAAUCAAAGUUAAGGUCCCUGAGAUUGGGAGUUACUCUGGAUUAUCUAGGUGGUCCUAUUUUAAUCAUGGAAGUUCAAAAAAGUGGAAGAAUAAGAGGUAGAAAAGUGGGUCUGAGAGAUAUGAGGUGAGAAUUUGACAUACUAUUGUCUUUGAAGAUGGAGUAAGAGGAACAUAAGUCCAGCACAUAUUGGGGUUUGUAGAAGCUAGGAAAGCUUACAACUAGGGGAACAUGAAGACUUCAGUCUUACAAUUGCCAAGAACUGAAUUCAGGUCAUAACAAGAACCAGCAGAAAGUGGAUUCUCCUACUGAGACUCUAGAAAGGAUCAUAGCUUAUGAAUACCUCAAUUUAAUAUCAGUGAGACUCACACCAGAUUUCUGAUUUUCAGAACUGUGAGAUAAUAAUUUUGUGUUAAGCAACUAUAUUUGUAGUGAUUUCUAUGGCAGCAAUAGAAAACCAAUAUAGAUAUGUACCAUCUCAUGAUUUUAAAUACUUGACUGCUCCAAAAAUUCUGGUCUGGAUUUCUCCAAAAGAGUCCACAUUGUAAAUAUCCAACUGUUUACUUGACUCUCCACUUCGAUGUAUAACAGAUAUCUCAAAUUUUACAUGUUUAUGUUUAAGCUUCCUAACCAUGUUCUCGUACAGUUUUCCAAUCCCAAUAAAUGCUACCUUCAUACUUUCA